AAUUUCAGUUUUGUUGCUUAUAGUUUCCCCCUCUUUUUAUAGGACAGACUUUGUUUUGUUUUCAUGUACAUGUACAUGACUACGUGGAAGUCUCAUUUCAGGAUAGACUUACUGGAUGAGGAGGUGAGGCCCCAUUGACUCCCUUUAUGCAUCGAGUUUCCUAGCUUACCGUAGAAUUUAUUUAGAUUCAAGUCCCAGGCUUUUUUCCAGACGCUCCUAAGUACGGGGAAUCCCCUCAACCUUCCCUGCGCGAUCACAACGAUGAGAUAGACAUCAGAACAAAAGGGCGCCCACGCACGGCACGUGCUAUUUACGGAUUACACGGAGCGAGGGAUUUUCCCACUUGAGUCCCGCUCGAGCGUGAAGUGAAAACGGCAUAUAAAAUCUUGCUCGUAUACGCAGUACUUAGUACGGUCGACAGAAGUCGCACUAGUUGUGCGCACACGUAUAUGUACGUACGAGUACUGUGAUGUAUAGUAAUGGAUGACCUGUGGCAGUGGGAAAUCCUAUAAUAGCCAAUGAGAGACCCGAUCUAAAACUUCAUGAGGAAAUCAAUGGUCAGUCGAUCUCAGUAGAAUUGCCACACUUAGUGUUGAACUGACAACAUCAACGCGGAUGUAAUCAUAUUGCACCUCAGUAUUCAAAUUGUUGUUUUCUGAACACGGUUUUCCCGUCAAGUUCUCAACAAUUCUCCAGGGGUUUCACUUUACUCACUUCACCAUGGAUGCAGACUUGGCAAUUGAUUUGUUCUGCAUCUCCGUCACCGUAAACUUAUGCACGGCGUUGUUCUUCGCUUGGCGGGGAUUGGCCGACUGGCUGAUCAGAAGGUUCUCUGAAGAGCCGGACGGAACGUGGCGACGGUUACUGUUUGUUCUACAAGACGAGAAACCGUGGUUUCUUGCCAGAUUUUUGUUGAUCCUCGUUCAGUCAACAGUCCUUUGUUGGGCGGGUGUUGCUCUUCUACUUCAAGGUGAAGUUCUACAGAAACCGUUCCUCGGGCUUGCAGCUUCUGGCCGGGUUUGCUUCGCCAUUAACAUAGGCUGUUACAUGUAUGUCCUGGUCCAGGAUGCGCUGCUACAGCGCCACCUAUCCAACUACUACAUCACCUUCAUGCAUCAUUUGGUAGCGGCCGUCGUCUAUCUCGUCUUCUUGGAGUUCAGACAGAAUGCACUGGGAGGCACGGUGGGGUUAUUUUUUGCCGGAGCCGCGCCGUUUUUCGAGACCUCUCACCUGUUGAAGGAGCUACACGUGGAGACGCACCGGCCGGCACACGGCACCAGCUCCAUCUUCAGUGGACUGUCUGCCCUGGUUUUCAGAGUCCUGCUUCCCGCUGGGUUCGUGGCCUAUUCGUACGUCGUGGCCUCGCCAUUCACCAUGGACAUCCUGGUCAUGUCUUGCUACUUCCUGAGCUUAGUCUUCUUCGGGAUGCUGAAUGUCUGGUUCGUGUACUCGGCUGUGGACUCGCUCCGCGCUCACUACCGCGCCAAGUCGGCCUGGACGUACAUGCGCCCCCUCCAGUCGGGCGAACCGCACGGGCUGGUCGUCAGGCAAGUCCAGGCCAAACGUCCUGCGACCUUGGCCUUCACCACCAAGCGCAACGACCUGAACUUCCUCCCGCCUUGCUCCAACAUCAACCUAGCAUCGAACUCUCCAACGACCAGGAAUGUCACAAACGCUAAAGAUUAUCACAAGAUCGACAUAGCGGCAUUCUUCAACACUUUCGGCGCAUCGCCUCAAAGCCUUGAGUGUCAGUCACCGUCACCGCAAGAUAGCACAGCACCAGGAGCCUCGACUCCCGGGCCGAACGAAGCACCAGUCAGCCAAGAACAGAACCAUUCACUACCAAGCCCAAUAACCUGUGAAACAGAACCCGCAUUACCCUCGGACAUUGAGGCCCACUAGUGAACGCAUGUGAUGAUUUACAGGGAGCAUCCCUGUCAACAGGGCCGGCGAAACAUAUCAGGCCUUCAGAGGCAUCCACUUAUGAAUUGGGCAAACAGUUAAUUCUGGAUAUAAAACGAGCAUUUUGAGUCCUCUGUUUCCAAUGUUAUUAGUCGAUACUAAACGCCCCACUCCGUGGUCAUACCCGACUCCCUCCUCGCAGCCAGUGCAUAUGUAUAAUACUCCUCAAACUGAGUUAAUUCUGACUAUAAUGGACACCGUGAAUAUUUUGGGCGUUAAUUCUCUUGCCUCUUUAGUGCAGAAUUCGCACCAGUCCACUUGUAUUUUAUUUUUAAAUAAGAUACUGGACGCUUUAGAGCAUGGAUAGGGUGUAUCACGGACGGAUGCUCCAUACCAAAUAUUGACUGUGACAUCACCCAUUUGUGUUUGCUUCCGGUUUCACGCCCUGUGUACCGGGAAAAAGGGCUCAAAUAAAAUAAUAAAGUGGACACAUAAAAUAAUGUCCCAUUAAUUGCCUUACUCAUACAUGAAACAAGCAUACCUACAAUGCCCAAAGGUUGUAAACAUUGGCAUGAAACAGUAAAUUCCAGUGUAAGCGAGCUGAUUUUUAAGUAUAGCAUUCACAAAAAUAUCUGUGUUUUAUUUAUAAUUUAUAACUUUUAAAGUUCUUUUUGUCGAUCGUUUAUAACAGAGAUUUCCCAAACUUGUAUAAACGGGUAGUCAGUUAACUCCAUGCUUUCCUUAGAAAUCAAAGUUAAUUUGUUUCUAAAAUAUAACAUCCCUGGUCUAGUAAUGAGUGGAGGAAUUAAUUACACAAUUAACAGUGAAAAGACAUCGUUCAGUAAUCACAUGUUGCGACUCACUUACUUUUGCAUCAAACCCAUUUGGAAAUUUAUUGUUCUUUAUGCCUGUUGAAUGUUGACGGUCCUGAGAAAACGAUGUUCCCAUCCUAAUUACUGACAAUCUACAGUUGUCUUUCUGGAUGACAGAAUAUCUGGCAUUAUUCUAACUUUUAGUGCUUAUCUUGUUGCAAUUUAAUAGAGCUGCAGAGGCAGAAGAUGUUGCUAAACAACUUUAUGCCCGGAGCAAAGAAAA